CGUAUUCAGGAGAAAGUGUUUAGGGGAGAAAGAGACAAGCCUCUAUAUAAAGACGAUUCGUGUGUUGAAGAGUUUAGUGUCAAAGUGAUUCAAUAAGAGGAUUAAAAUGUGGUUUAUCCUCUUGACGAGUUUACUCACCCAAGGACUUGCUACCCAAGUAUCUUUUCAAACUUCAAGUUCAUCAUCAGCAUCGGCAUCCUCAUCAUCUGAACAAAAGAAUGAAUGGUCUUGGCAAGAGCCAACUGCAGGCGAAAAUUCACCUCAAGAGUCUUAUCAUCCCUUAAACUUUUUACCGGGAGAUGCUCAACCAGAUCAAUUUAAUGACAAUAUCCACGAUGGUUCUAGUGGAGUUGCAUAUUCCACGCAGAAUACAGUAGUUGACAAUAUUUUGCAAUCUAGCCGACAGGGCCGUAAUCUUGAAGGAUAUGAUGAUUUAUACGCCGAUCCUGAUGUAAAAACUGUUCUUCAAGCAGGAAAUGAUACCAUUGCUCGUGCUUAUAUUAGAGAUAAACUUUGUUCUUUGGGUUUAAUGAAUUGCGAUAAUCCUGAAGGAAGACGUCCAUAUUAUUCACCUCAUCGUGACAUUCAUCCUCAAGAAGUUAUUUAUGCUCAACCAGUUACCAUAAAACCAGUAGGACGUCCAUUACCCGCAAUUCCUGUUAAAAAACCUUUUGUUUAUGGACCUCCUAGACCUGUACCUCUACCACCAAGUUUCAGCUCUGGAUCACAUGGUCCUGUUUAUGGCCCACCAAGCUCGGGACAUUACUCUGGACCUCAGCCUCCAUUUUCUGGACCACCUCACAGCUUCAAUGGGCCCUAUCCUGUUUACAAAAAACCUAGUAUAAUUUCUGGACACAAACCAAUCUAUGAAGAUACUGGAUUAGAUGGUGAAUAUGACUUUGUACCUGAAGACAAACGCGAAUUUAUUAACAAGAAAAAUGUGAUUGUCCAACCAACUUCUGGUCUUCAGCAACAUGUUCAUCAUCACUAUCAUCAUACUGACGGAAACAAGCCAUCUUCGGUCAUUGGUGGAAAUCCUGGAUUAAUUGGGCCAAGUGCAAUUGGUGGAAAUGGUUUUAAUGGUUUUAAUAGUAAUGGUAAUGGUAAUGGUUAUGGUUAUGGAUCAGGUACAUAUGGUAAUUCAUACAAUGACUUUGAUGAAUACAAAAAAGCAUUUAAAAUAAAAUCUCCUUCGGCUGGUAAUAGUUUAGAUCCUUUAACUGCAACAAGUGGCAAUUAUGCCAAUCAGUUUCCAAUUUAUGAAAAACCUAAACGAGAUUCUUUCUUCAAUGGUAAAGAAGCUGGUAAAGUAUUAAACUCAGGAUUUGCUGGUAAUCAAUUUGGAUCUAAUAACUUUGGAAGUAACAACUUUGGUAGCAACAACUUUGGCAGCAAUAAUUUUGGAGCAGGAAAUAAUGGACUCAAUAAUAAUAUUGGAUCUAAUAAUAAUGGAUUUGAUAAUGGAUUCUCCUCAAACAAUUAUGAAAAUUGUGUUUGCGUUCCUUACGAUCAAUGUGCAACUCUUGAUCAUGCAGGACGUAAAGAUGAUUUAUUCCUUCCUAUUGAUCCACGUAAUAUUGGAAAAAAUAUUGAGGCAGAAACAGAAGAUAUUGUUGUUACUGAUUCUAAUGGUACUAUGUCUAUUAUCCGAGUACCAAAAGAAGUUAAUGCUACUGAACAAACUCAACACGUCGAUGAACAGAAAAAUACAAAUGACAAGAAAUUAGAUGACGCUGACAAAAAUAAUAAAAAUGAAGACAUUAAAAGAAGCAAACGUGAAGCUAAAGCAGAACCUAAAAAUGAUGAUGCUCAAGGCCGAUUACUUGGUAAUAUUGACACAUCGAAAUUGAACCUGCGGCCUACAUGGGGCGUCAGUUUUGGUUUACCACAAGGAGGAAACUAUCCUGUCAAUCCAUAUGGUGAUAAUCCACUAUCUAAUCAUUAUUCUGGCUAUGGAGGUGGUGGUAAUGGCCUGAAUCUCGGAUUAGUAUCAGUCAAUCCUUUGGUAUCAGUCCAAGUUUCGAAAGAUGAAUAUGGUGAAAAAGUUGUCAAGCCAUUUGUCAAUUUGCACGUAACACCAAAUCAUGGAUUGGUCAAUAAACUUGGUGAUAUACUGGCUUACAAAAAGGAAGCAUUGCUAGGAGGUCAUGGAGGACAUCAUUAUCCUGGUGGGCAUUAUUCCGGAGGAUAUGCACCUCAGUACUAUCCAAAUCGCCCAUCACAUUAUCAUAAACCAGCUUUCUUUGAGAAACCGUAUUAUCAUGAAAGACCACAGAGCCAUUAUCAUAAUCAUCAGCAUUACCAUCAACAGCAACCUUCUUGGUCAGGCAAUAAUCAUAGACAUGGACAUGGAUAUGGAGGACAUGGAUAUGGAGGAAACUAUGUAGAAAAUCCUGGACAUUAUGCUGGAAAUUAUGGAGGCUAUUCUGGAUAUGCCAGAGACGAUGAAGAUUAUGAUUUUGCUGAUGAUGAUAUCAAUGGUUAUUAUAGGAAUGCCAAAACUAACAUUAGUGCAACUGGAUUUGAACAGACACAAAAUAACUAUAACAAUAAUAAUAAUAACAAUAACAAUCGUGGUCAUAAUGGUGGAAAGGUAGCCUUUCGAGACAGAAAGAAACGUGAUGUGGAUGAUCUGAUAAAAAUUGAAGAGCGUCAAUUUGGUAGACCGCCAGUAUGUGGACCAAGACAUGUUUGUUGCCAAAAAAAUCAGCUUCAAGCUGGAAUUAAUCGACCCCGAUACGGCCAAUGUGGAGUUAGAAAUGGCCAAGGAAUCAAUGGACGUAUAAAGACUCCGGCUUACGUUGACGGAGACUCUGAGUUUGGUGAAUACCCAUGGCAAGUAGCCAUCCUCAAGAAAGAUCCUUCUGAAAGUGUCUACGUUUGCGGUGGAACUUUAAUAUCACCAAGACAUAUUUUAACCGCAGCACAUUGUGUUAAAACUCACGUUGGACAUGAUCUUCGAGCUCGUUUAGGUGAAUGGGAUGUCAAUCAUGAUGUUGAAUUUUAUCCAUACAUUGAACGUGAUAUUGUCAGUAUUACUGUUCAUCCUGAAUUUUAUGCUGGUACUUUGUACAACGAUAUUGCUAUUUUAAAACUCGAUCAUGAUGUUGACUUUGAAAAAAAUCCUCAUAUUAGCCCAGCUUGCUUACCAGACAGACACGAUGAUUUUACUGGUGCAAGAUGCUGGACAACAGGCUGGGGUAAAGAUGCCUUUGGUGACUUUGGAAAAUACCAAAAUAUUUUAAAAGAAGUUGAUGUACCUGUUGUGAGCAAUUCCGUUUGUGAACAUCAAAUGAGAAGAACAAGAUUGGGACCAAGUUUCAGUCUUCAUCCAGGUUUUGUUUGCGCUGGAGGAGAAGAAGGGAAAGAUGCCUGCAAAGGUGAUGGAGGUGGUCCAAUGGUUUGUGAACGUCAAGGAAUUUGGCAUCUUGCUGGUGUCGUUUCUUGGGGAAUCGGUUGUGGACAACCUGGAGUACCUGGUGUUUAUUCACGAGUCUCUCACUACCUUGACUGGAUUCGUCAGAACUCGUAUUAAAAUACUUAAAUUUUUUUUUAUAUUUUAUUUAAUUUCUUUUAAAAAGUAAGUGAGUUAAUAUUAUUUAUUUAAAUGAUAAGUAUAUCAACUGAAUGUUAUGAAAAUUCAUUUUUUCAUAAUAUAUGUCAACAUACUCAUUUAUUUAACUUACAUAACUUAUUACUGUGUAUAUAAUAUGUUUCUAAAAAUUAAUAAUAUAAUAUUAAUAUUUAAAUAAUUUCUUUUUACUUUAAUUAUAUUUAUAUUAUUAAUGAUGCAUUGUAUAAAAAAUUAGAUCUCAGCAAUCAUGUCGCUAAUU